GGGGCCAUGUAUAAGCCAGAGAUCUCAACCUCCAACAAAGCAGCCUGGACUCUUUAAUCAUUGCUGAACCUUAGAAGAGGAGAGGAACUCUGUCCAGCAGACUUUGAGGUUUACUUUGAUUGCUGCUGACCCAUAUGAGCCUGAGGAUGGAUGACCAAGCCCCUAAGGAGGCUCAGUAUGCAGAGGAAAGCCCAGGACCUGGGAUCUUCAAAGAAGACGAGUUAUGGAAGCCCGAGACCCAGCAGCAACCCAUCUCUCAGGCAGGGUGCUGGCGCUCCGUGUGGCAUGGCUGUGUGGUGUUGGGAGCCCUGGGACUGCUGGCUGGUGCAGGUGUUGGCUCGUGGUUUCUAGUGCUGUAUCUGUGGCCAGCUGCCUCUCAGCCCAUUUCUGGGACCUUGCAGGACGAGGAGAUGACUUCAAGCUGCUCAGGGGCCAGGAGUGAGGAAGCCCCACUCCCCUCACUUCCCAAAACAGUAUCUUUCAGAAUAAACACCGAGGACUUCUUGUUGGAAGUGCAGGUGAGGGCCUGGCCGGCAUGGCUCCUGGUGUGCCACGAGGGCUGGAGCCCUGUCCUGGGGAUGCAGAUCUGCCGGAGCCUUGGACACCUCAGACUCACUCACCACAGGGGAGUGAACCUGUCUGACAUCAAGCUCAACAGCUCCCAGGGGUUUGCUCAGCUCUCUCCUAGACUGAGGAGCCUCCUGAAGGAGGUGUGGCAGCCCAGAAACAACUGCACUUCUGGCCGAAUUGUUUCCCUCAAAUGCUCUGAAUGUGGAGCAAGGCCCCUGGCUUCCAGGAUAGUUGGCGGGCAGGCCGUGGCUCCUGGGCGCUGGCCAUGGCAGGCCAGCGUGGCCCUGGGCUCCCGGCACACAUGCGGGGGCUCUGUGCUGGCACCACACUGGGUGGUGACAGCUGCGCACUGCGUGCACAGGCUAUCACGUCUGUCCAGCUGGCAGGUGUACACAGGGCUGGUCAGCCUCAGCACCAUCAGGCCACAUCAGGGGGCUUUAGUGGAAAGGAUCAUCCUCCACCCACUCUACAAUGCCCAGAAUCACGACUACGACAUCGCCCUCCUGCGGCUCCGGAUGCCACUCAACUUCUCAGACACCGUGGGCGCUGUGUGCCUGCCAGCCGAGGAGCAGGAGUUCCCAAGGGGCUCACGGUGCUGGGUGUCCGGCUGGGGCCACGCCGACCCCAGCCAUACCCACAGCUCUGCCACGCUCCAGGACACAGUGGUGCCCCUGCUCAGCACCCAGCUCUGCAACAGCUCUUGCAUGUACAGCGGGGCCCUCACCCCCCGCAUGCUGUGUGCGGGCUACCUGGAUGGGAGGACCGACGCAUGCCAGGGGGAUAGCGGGGGACCCCUGGUAUGCCCAGAUGGGGACAAGUGGCGCCUGGUGGGAGUGGUCAGCUGGGGCCGUGGCUGUGCAGAGCCCAAUCACCCGGGAGUCUAUGCCAAGGUAGCAGAGUUCUUGGACUGGAUCCACGACACGGUCCAGCAGGUACAUUAGAUGGAGAAGUUGCUGCCACCCAGAUGUAGGAGGCCUGGAUCACCUACAAGAUCACUCCACGAGAGGGACAGUCACCACCUACACCAGCCACCGGACCGUGCAGCCUCACCCCUCCAGCCCUGAUUUCAAGUCCUUCCUUCUCACCAGAGGUUCUCUGACCGGGCAGAGGCUGUGGUGGGUUGGGAGGUGGGAGAGCUGAGGGAUGUGGGGGAGGAAGAGAGAGGCAGGAGCUGGAAAGGAACAGGCAGCAGGAAGCAGCGGGCUGCCUGCCCUCCGGCCCCACCCUCCCCACAGCCCCUGAGCACAUCUUUUGGAGGAUGUUCCGGGAUACCCCCAGUCCUGCCUUCUCCCUGUGCCCUCAGGUGGCUAAGUGCCUCCCUAGAGGAGCCCCUGGCUCCAAGGCUCCUGGGCAGAUGGGGUCAAGGCUGGACCAGCCCACACCAAGCCCUUGGGUGUCAGGAUCCUCUAGUCUCCCCCACUUCCUCUUAUCCCCUCUGGGCUCUGGCCGGCCCUGCAUGGCUUGGGGCACUGUACAACAAGGAGGUUGGGGUCAGAAUAGGGUACUGGUUUUAAAAUUACAGUUCUGUGAACUGAACCAAGGAGUUCUGUUAUUAAAGUGAAAUGAUAUAUG